CUUACAAGUCCUUUCACUCUCACUCUCUUGACGUUUUAACCAAAACAAAUUACUCAUCAUGUCCAAGAUCAAGAUUGGCAUCAAUGGAUUCGGAAGGAUCGGCCGCUUGGUGGCCAGGGUUGCUCUCCAGAGAGAUGACAUUGAGCUCGUCGCUGUCAACGAUCCUUUCAUCAACGUCGAAUACAUGAGCUACAUGUUUAAGUACGACACUGUUCACGGGCAAUGGAAGCACCACGAGCUUAAGGUUAAGGAUGAUAAGACCCUUCUCUUUGGUGACAAGCCCGUCAAAGUUUUCGCUUCUAGGGAUCCCGAACAGAUCCCGUGGGGGGAAGCAGGUGCGGAAUUUGUGGUCGAGUCCACCGGAGUUUUCACCGAUAAGGAAAAAGCCUCUCUGCACUUAAAGGGUGGUGCAAAGAAGGUUAUCAUUUCUGCCCCAAGUAAGGAUGCCCCAAUGUUUGUUGUGGGUGUCAAUGAGAAGGAGUACAAGCCAGAUCUUGACAUUGUCUCCAACGCCAGCUGCACUACCAACUGUCUUGCCCCAUUGGCAAAGGUUAUCCAUGACAAGUUUGGUAUUGUGGAGGGUCUUAUGACUACCGUCCAUUCUAUAACUGCCACCCAAAAGACUGUCGAUGGACCGUCAAUGAAAGACUGGAGAGGUGGCAGAGCUGCUGCUACCAACAUCAUUCCCAGCAGUACUGGAGCUGCCAAGGCCGUGGGGAAAGUGCUGCCUGCAUUGAACGGGAAGUUGACGGGAAUGGCAUUCCGCGUUCCCACGGUGGAUGUUUCGGUGGUUGAUCUCACGGUGAGACUUGAGAAGAAGGCCACUUACGACGAGAUCAAAAAUGCCAUCAAGAAAGAAUCAGAGGGCAGCCUGAAGGGAAUCCUUGGAUACACGGACGAAGAUGUGGUGUCGACGGACUUUGUGGGUGAUAACCGGUCGAGCAUUUUCGAUGCCAAGGCUGGUAUUGCUUUGAACGACAACUUUGUGAAGCUUGUGUCUUGGUAUGACAACGAGUGGGGUUACAGCUCACGAGUUAUUGACUUGAUCCGUCACAUUGCCUCGGUUAAAUAGACAACUCGACCAUUUCUCGGGAUUAAUUAGGAGGCAGGGCAGCUUAAGCUUGUUUUCGGAAUAAUCGAUCAUCUCUGCGGGUGACAGUUUUGUAGGGGACUGGUUCCAAGAGCGUUAGAAGCUUUAGUUUUAGU